ACUCAUGUUACUGUCGUGAACUUGAAUACCCCAUGAUGACGUGCAGAGAGAGCGAGGGCAGCCAUGUUUGAAUGUUGUCCUUCCACGUGCCAGAAUAAACCAGCAGAGAGAGAGAGAUAGAGGGAGGUGCACUGCUCAGAGAAGGAGGGAUACCUAAAUUUAACUGGAUCCGCUGCAGGAAUUUUUACAUGGAACUUGUAUAUUCACCAGGCCUUUUAUUUAUGACGCCGUUUCACUUGGCAUGUGGUCUUAGAUCUUAGCUGACAGCUGCUCUGCUGCUUGUGUUGUGGACGGUCAUGUGACUUUGAGAGCUGCCUGAGACUGGGUGAAAGGAGGGUGAGACAAACCAGACGGACAUGGACUAAACUGGCCUUUCUGUCCACAGUGUUUUAAGUAUUGCUUUUUUAUGGAAGAAUCACACAGUAGUAAUGUGCAUAGACAUUUAAAAAUAAAAUCAUCAGGGACAGACUAUGUCAAAUAUUAUUUAUCUAAGUUAACUCCCUUUUUUUCCUCAGGAACUUUAUAAAAGUGUACUCCAACUUUUUUCAGUCAAGACAUUUUAGUUUUCUUGUGUUUAAUAUUUAUUUUAUUGAACAUAGUUUAGAAGUUAUCUCAGAGUUAUGCAAUGUGUGUAUUGUUUGUUGUCAUUAAAGUGCUAUAUUUUAUAAAUGUGCAGGGAAAGAACUCUAUAAGCCCACAUUUGUUCACCUCUAAUCCAACCAGUGUGUCAGUGACAUGAAUCCUUUCAGACAGUAUUUAAUGGUGCUCUUUGAGUGGCUGAGCUCAUGGCUGAAAUAUGGUCUAACACAUCUGUGGAGAGAUGUUUCAAGUGUGAACGCCAAGAGGCGAUCGUCCAGUGCAGACGCAGAGGAGUGGGAAACUGACGUGGCACUCCGCACAUAUCGCUGCGGACAUGGAGGGGAAACCAUGGUUACGGUCCAGACCUGUACACACACUUUCCACGUGGACCUUGAAAGACUUUCAGAGUGCAGCGAUUACUUCAGGGCUUUGUCCCAGUCCAAAAUGAGAGAGACCUCGGAGAGUUUCAUCCACCUGGACCAUGUGUCCUCUUCUGUCUUCUACAAUAUCCUUGAGUUCUCCUUCCACAAUAAGUUCAAAGUCCCAAAGGAGGAGUUGGACACACACAUCCAGGUGGGCAGCUAUCUCCUCACAGUGGCCUUCCUCUCAAAGUGUCUGUCCGUACUGGCAGAUGAACUCAGGCCAGAUAACUGUUUGUCUUACCUGAGUCUGGCUCAGGAGAUCUGCUGUGCCGAGCUGAAGAUGACCGUGUUGACUUACCUGAGUAGAAACAUGAUGGAGCUGUCACCCCUCACCAGGCAUCUGAAGGACGAGGAAAAGGAUGAGGUCAUCAAACUGAGGACUCAAGGAGAGCGGCAUCUCUGCAGCGUCAGGAAGGAGAACCUAACGACUUGGAGUGACCCAGAGACGGAACGUGCCCGACACGUUUUCGUCCUAAAAGAGGGAGAGGGCGGUGAAAGCUGGCGUCCGGUCACAGAGCUUCCUUUCAGAGCGGAUAAGUGGUGUUUCACUGCAGUGGUUCUGUAUAACUACCUGUACAUCAUAGGAGGCUACAGGCAGCGUGUGAGGAGAGGAUGGGAGUUCAAGAUGGCUUCCUUCAGGUACAAUCCCACUACUCAUAUGUGGGUCUUCACAGCUCCUCUGAUCAAGAAGAGAAGACACUUCAGUGCAGUGGCAUGUGACGGCUGUGUUUACGCUGUGGGAGGCUGGUACUUGGACUCUCUCGUGAGUCCAGACUCCUGCACGGCUCUCUACACAGCUGUGGAAUGCUAUGAUCCCUGGCAGGACACAUGGAGAUUUGUCUCCUCACUGCCACUCACUGACUUCCAGUUUAGCGUGUCAUUGUCCCAUGAUGUGCCUCUUCUUACUUGCCUUGGACACUGUGUGUAUGUGUUGGGAAGCAUCCAGAGGACGGGAGAGAAACUGAUGCUACAGUACGACACGAGGCAAGACUCGUGGUCUGAACUGCUGCCCACGCUGACCAGAGCAGACAUGGACCUGCCUACUCUUUACUUCCUGUGUGCCACAGACGAGCUGCAUGUGAUCGGUGGAAACGCCUCAGAGAAUGUGGUGACAUCAUUCUGCGUGCAGUCACACAAGUGGGGACAGGUGCAUUGGGCUGAGAAAGUGGCAUUUGCAGGACAGGGGACGGUUGCAGACAACAAAGUCCUGAUUCCAAGUGUCGAGCACAACACAGUCGCUGAGAUCGACCUCCAAACUCUGUCCCUCAGAGCUUUUCCUCCUCUUCCAGUCUCCGUCCGCUACGAAGCGACCUUUCAUCUCCACUUCUGAUCCUCUUCUUAUUAGCUUCUCUGCUACACUGUGCAUAAGUGUGAUUAUUGGGGCUGAAUUUGUCAGGUGAAGAUCUUGUUAAUCAUUGGCCUGAAUUGACAUUUCCUUGAAGUUUUAGUAGACUACUGAACAUGUGGUGAUUUCUUUUGUUGCUUUUGUCGUUUAUUUUGGUCUAAACAUCCAUUGUCUACUGCUUUAUCUUCCACGAGAGUGUUGCGGGGGAGCUAAAGGUGGAGUCCGUCGCAGGGCCAACACACAGAGAUGAACAUCCAUUCACUUUACACUCACAUUUGAGUGUCCAAUGAACUGCUGUGUGUUUUUGAACAGUGGGAGAACAUGCAGGUGCUACUCAGAAGAAUGUAACAUUCUUUUUGUAUGCUUCGCGAGUUACCUGAAUCAGGUAAUGAAUUAAUAAUACACAAUUAUAAUCUUUUCUUUCUUGCACAAGUGCUUCUACUCUCUAUGAUACACAUGGACAACAUUGGUCUGCCCUGCAAACCAGUUUUAUCCGGCCCGCUGCGUCCUCACGAUUCACCUUAAGCUGACUCUCUUGCUCGGCUCAGGUGACAGAUCGACGUCGUGAUAUUAGCAGGUGUGAUGACAGAAUCAGAGCUAAGAUGAGAAACAGCCGCAGAAACAGAAUAGUUGCACAGUUGCGCAGACUUUUAUUUUGAAACAGUCACAGGAAAGGUGUGAGAUUACAUGUCGCAACAAAAAAUAAAAGUUGUAUUUUUACAUUUAAAUGUAAAGGUUUUGCUUGUUGUGUAUAAAGAUGGGUUUAUUAUUCUUUA